CGUGGGCUCCGGCUCACCUCGCUGGAGUAAUGGCCGCCAUUUCCCCCGGAUUAUUACCUGCGUUGGUUUAAUCCAACCGACUACCCAGGUGGGGGUGGGAGCUGAGAGAUUGGAGUUGGCUCACCUAGGGGUGGGUCCUUCAUGCAAGUGCCUGAUCUGUUAACUUCCUUUCAUGGAUUCUGAGCCUCGUAGGUGCAGACCUUAGGUGCUAGGGACACUUAAGUGACACUGAAAACGGCUGCCUUCCGGGAGCUUCCACUCUACUGAGAGAACUACACCGUUCUCUCCUGAUUACUUUAUGGGGCGGCCGAUGAACAGGAGGGGCUGAGCAAUUAUUUGAAGGAAAUGGGACUUUGGAUAACUUUUACCUAUAGAGAUCCCAGAAGGGUAUAGGGAGUGAAUUGCACUGCAACUGGGCUUUGCAAAGAGAGCAGGAAUUUACCUGGCUGGAGAAUGGGAGUGCAUCCCUAUUAUAUGAAAUUUGUAAAUUUACUGGCUACUUGGGCUGGGUAGGUCAGCAGGAUACAUUCAUACAGUAUAUUUCAAGAUUGGUAGUGAUGUAAAGUCAUUUAUGCUGUGGCUAACUCUUCAUGACCCCAUUUGGAGUUUUACUGGCAAAGAUACUGGAAGUUUGCCUGUUUCCUUCUACAGCUAACUUUACAGUUCCUAAGAUGACAACGGCAACACGACAAGAAGUUCUUGGCCUGUACCGCAAGAUUUUCAGGCUUGCAAGGAGGUGGCAUGCAGCAUCAGGGCAGAUGGAAGACACCAUCAGAGAAAAGCAGUAUAUUAUAAAUGAAGCUAGAAUAUUGUUCCAGAAAAACAAAAAUCUUACAGAUUCAGAACUGAUUAAACAAUGUAUAGAUGAAUGCACAGCAAGAAUUGAAAUAGGAUUACAUUAUCAGAUCCCAUAUCCAAGGCCGAUUCACCUGCCUCCAACAGCCCUCUCUCCCCUUCAAAGUCGUGGAUUUCAAAACCAGGAGAAGCUAAGGAAACUUUCGAGACCAUUAUAUCUCAAGUCUCAUGAUGAAAUUUUAUAAUCUAAGAAAUAGGUUCUCUCUGCGAACUGUGAGUCCAGCAGGUCCUGAGCACAAAUUAGAUGAUGAAUCUUUUCUUCUUGACUGAAGGCCAGGCAGAGAAAGGAAAGACAAUGAAUUUAGUCUCUCUUAAACACUUAAAAAAUUUGGAUUCCAAAUCUCAUUAUAUUAGUUCAUAUAUGUCUUUGAAUUUAUCAGUGUCAGUGUCUUGCUAAUAGGAAGAUGCUAACUCCUAAAACAUUGGCUCUGAUCAUGAUCUUAAGUAACUAAUUAAAUGAAAGUCAAAAUAUUGCAGAAAUUGUGUUGGUUUAAAUUAAUUUUUUUUGGUGGAAAUAAUGUAGAUACAUAUACAGAUUAGAGACAUGGCAGUACUUGUUAACAGGUUCUCUUGGAAGUUCUUAAAAUUAUUAUGAAAAUCAAACUUGUACUGUGGACUUUAUUUUGUUUUGUAUUUAAGUUAUGGAUAUGUUUAAAAUAAAACCUUUCCUGUUUUA